AUGCCUCAAGCAAGUACCAAAGACUAUAACGAUGAAGCCAUACGGCCACCGGAUGCUGAUACCAGAAUUGGCUGGGCUGGGGUGCCUUUGUCCCAAACCUGUGGAUACUACGGUCACAUCAAGCGCGCAGUCCUUCCAACGGACUCAGAACUUGGGCUCACUCCAGAUUACGGUUCUGUUGAUGCCGCCAACAUCGCACAGCAGUUCAUUGAUGGCUUCGCCAAGGCCAUAGAAGCCCAAGACGUGGACGCCAUACUCUCAGUCAUCCAUGAGAAUGGCUACUGGAAAGAUGUUGAACUUCUCACCUGGGACAUCAGAACUUUACAGGGGCAUGAGAAUAUCGGCACCAUGCUGAAAGAAAGGCUAUCCAAGACUGGUAUCACUCAUGUUCGACUGAAUCCUUACGCUCCUGCAAAGGUGGAGACACUCGGACCAGAUCUCUCAUUUAUCCUUCUUCAUUUCGAAUUUGACUUUACUCACGGCACCGGCAUCGGCGUAGCCCGUCUGAGCCCAUUCAAGGCCAAGACCGGCACGGCUACUGAUCUGGCUGAUCCCAAAUCAUGGCUGAUUUACAGUGUCGGCACCGCCAUAGAGACAGUUUAUGGUUGGGAUGCAGAAUAUGGAGACAAGGAGAGGUAUCAGCUUGGAAAGUAUCAUGACCCCUCAGGCAAAGGCCGGACCUACCAACAGAUGAGAGACGAUGAGACAGAUGGCAAAGAGGGAUCCCAGCCGACUGUGGUUAUCAUCGGCGCCGGACACACUGGACUGUCUAUGGCGGCUCGCUGUAAAGUCUUGGGGAUACCGCAUCUCAUCAUAGAAAAGGGUGAUGGCCCAGGAUGCAGCUGGGCAAGUCGUUAUGCGUCGUUAUCCUUGCAUGGACCAACAUUCACCAACCAUCUACCAUGUUUGCCAUUUCCGCAAUGGUUCCCGGUGUUUCUUCCAGCACAGCAGUUGGCCAAGUUCCUGAAGAAUUACGCAAACAUCAUGGACCUGAAUAUCUGGGCAAACUCAAACCUUGAUGGAAAGACUGCCGUGUACGACGAGAAGGAGGGCAAAUGGACGUUGACCGUUACACGUCAAGAUGGAACUAAGCACACUCUUCGGCCACGGCAUUUGAUGAUUGCCACUGGUAUCUCUGGAACUCUGCCAAACAUCCCCGAGGUGCCCGGCAUGAAUGACUUUCGCCAGAACGGUGGGAUAGUUACCCAUUCAUCAAAUCAUCGCACAGACCCUCGGUGGAAAGGAAAACGAGCCAUCGUCGUGGGUGCCGCAACAUCUGGCCAUGAUAUCUCGUUCGAGCUGACCGAGAAUGGCUGCGAUGUCACCAUGAUUCAGAGGAGCGCGACACACGUCAUGUCUGUGGAAAAGAGUGUCCGACACCUCUGGAAGAGCCGUGAAAAGACGGGCAGGCGAGGAGGUCAAGACAUCGAUAUCCUCGACCAGGCCAAUUUUCUGAAGCACUCAUACCCCGUAGAGUACGAGGUCAUGCCGCGAGGGCAGAAGAUAGCGCGGGAAAUCGACGCAGAUCUGCUACAGUCGCUGAGAAAUGUUGGGUACCGCCUCCACGACGGCUAUCAUGGUGGAGGCGCAUACUCGAUGUUCCCUUUUGAUCAGGGCGGCUUCUACUGGGAUACGGGAUGCUGCAAACUCAUCGCAGACGGCAGGAUCAAGCUCGUACAUUCAGAAAUCGAGCAUUUCACAAAGGACGGCGUCAGGUACAAGGACGGCUCAACCCAAAAGGCUGACAUAGUCGUCUUUGCUACAGGAUACAUGAACUCCAAGAGCGCGAUUCAAGCCCUCUUAGGUGAUGAAAUGGCUAAGAAAUGUCACGAGCGCUGGGAAAAGGGAAAUGCCUUCUUUCUCGGACCAGAAGGAGACUCUAUCAUCAACUACUGCCCGCUGCCCCAGAAGGGCCUGUAUGCCAUGUUUCAUCAAUUUGCCUUUUGCCGCUUCCACUCGGCACGACUUGCUCUUCGCAUCAAGGCGGAGGAGCUGGGCAUUGAUGUUACGCCGUAUGGGAACAAGCCGCUUGGACCUCCUAGCUCGGCUGCCGGACAACAGCCUCGCCCCGAGGGCGUUCCUCUUUGA